AUGCGAGUGAUCUGGCCCAGUUUGGUUUUUGGCUGUUCCACCGUCUUGGCCGCAUCACCACUGUCAAACUUAAGACGGCACGAGGAGAGCACAGGGGAUCUUGCGCCAUUGUACUCCGAGACCACUACAGGCAAGAUAUGGCGAACCGCAGUCGAGUUUGCGGAGCAGGUCCCUUCUAACUAUCCGAAUUAUGUUCCCGGCACUGGAUCUAAUGUCGGGAAGUAUGUUCUUAGUGAUAUCUCUUCAUGGACGAGUGGCUUUUUCCCAGGAUCCUUGUAUGAGCUGUUGGAACGAAGCAUCAAGUUCCCAAAUCAUUUGAGUGCGAAUGGCCUUGAUCCAUCAAUGGUACGUGCGCAGCUCCUCAAUCUAUCCCGUCACUGGGGCAAUCCUCUGCACCGCGAAGCAUUUCGAACGGACACCCACGACUUAGGGUUCAUGUUGAUGCCAGCUCUCCAAAAAGACUGGGAGUUGACGGGAAACCGAGAAAGUCUGGACUUUCUCAUUACAGCGGCUCACAGCCUAGCUACUCGUUUUGACAAGAGGGUCAACGCUGUGCGCAGCUGGGAUACCCUUGUCACCAAGAGACAAAACAUUACUGAUCAGGAGACCAACUUUUUGAUCAUCAUUGACAGCAUGUACAUGGACCUGCUAUUUUAUAUAGGAAACUAUACUGCAAAUCAGACUUUGAUUGAUAUCGCGACAGCACAUGCGCACACAGUUCAGCAGGAUAUUGUUAGAAAAGAUUACUCGACAUUUCAUUGCUGUGACAUUGAUCCACAAACCAACAAAAUCAAAUUUCAGGAGACUGUUCAAGGAUAUAAAGAUUGGUCAACCUGGACUAGAGGUCAGGCGUGGGGAAUUCUUGGCUAUACGCAAACAUAUCGGUGGACAAAAGAUGCGGCCUUUCUUCAGACGGCCAGGGGGCUUGCAGAUUACUUUAUUACGCAGCUGUCCAAGUCUGCUCAUACGCAUCCCUACGUCCCUCUAUGGGACUUUGACGCUCCCACCGUCAACGGUGUCGUACCACCUCGCGACACCUCAGCUGGCCUCGUGGCUGCAAAUGGCCUCCUACUGCUCCAUGAGACACUCCAAGGGCAUUCACCGUAUUUGAAAAAUGCGAUGAAGAUUGUGAAAGAAACCAUUGAACUGUCCCUCUCACAUGACCCCGCUAAAUUGACCGUUGGAUCGGAUGGGAACAUCACUGUUUCUCCAGGCCAUUGGGACUCAAUCUUGAUGAAUGCAACGAUUGAUAACAACGAAUAUGCUCUAGACCGAUCGAACAACACCGGACUUGUGUAUGCUGACUAUUACUUUCUGCAAUUUGGAAACCGCCUUUUGGAACGAGGCUUCCCUCAGUAG